UUGGCCCUUUGAUACGCACAAAAGAACUUGCUUGAUCAACUCUUGUAGAUCACCUAGAUCGGUAGGUAGGUAGGUAGGUAGGGACAUUGCUACCGAGUACAUGCCCUUUCGACCUACCAACCUUGGAUAGGCGUGGAUUGCCCUCGCAAACAGUCUCUCACUGGCUCAUGUCACCCCUGAACGGCUGCAAAUUAGCAAAACAGAUAGCCGAGUUGCACCAGGAGCGAGUCCAAUAAUCACUGAGAUCCAAGCAUACCAUAAAUACUCUUUUUACUCGCUGGCGGUCGAUCUUGGUCAUGAUUAUCGCAAAUUAUCUUCCGAUUCGGGUUUGUUAUUUGUUUUUUCCCUCUUCAGCUAAUCGCAUGGCGUAGUCACCGGGGCUGUCCGAGUCAGACGAGUCCAGGGAAACGAGAUACAAGCCAGGUUGCCAAGUGGGCGUCGACCAAUGCAAGAAAACGCAAUCACCGAUCCAGUAACCCCACACCGAAGACCUUGCAACGGUGGAGAGGGGCGUAGCGGGCUAAUUUUGCACGGUGCUCCUGAUGACCCUUAUCGUUGCCGGCGCCGAGAGAAAGCAACCAAUUCUGAGGCCACCCCCGGUUGAUUUAAUAGAAGCAAAGCGGAUCUCGUCGCGAGUUGCGCGCGGCGGCUGCUGGCUGAGCUUUUCGUCUUUGGUGUUUUUUUCUUUGGACCUUGAUGGAACCUGGGUGACAUUUUUUAUUCCCACACAGUCGCAGACACAGCGUCUUAGACAAAUGCUUCAUUCUUGCUAGAGAAUCUCGUGUACGUCUUGUCCUUGACACAGGUAGUCGUGUCGCAGAUCUGAAUAAGGUGUUUGGGGUUUUCUCAAUUUUUUUGCCAACUCUCCAUUUUUCACCUUGUUUCGCUUUUCCCCCUCUCGCGCAUUGAAUGUGUGUCGAUGCGGUGAUCUUUCAGCCAGCUUUUUCUCCCUGCAGAGGGCUUUGACCCGAGGCGGCGCGGGUGCUAAAAGAUGGUAUCGAGACUGUUUCGCCCUUUCCAGGGCAGCAGCCGACGCGACGACGACGAGGAUGAGAGGGAACCUUUGACGAGUCCUGGCAGUCGCCAAUACUUGAGACCACCUGUCCGACAUGCCGUAGCUGACUUCACAGAGGCCGACGACGACGAUGAAGAAGAAGAUGAAGAAGAAGAUUCUCGCAAUGGAGACCAUGGACGCGCACGUAACGAAGAGGAAGAAAACGAAGAUGGUUUUGUCUCCCGACGUGAUCUCCUGCCUUUGUUUGCUGCCUCUCAUUUAGAUUCGUUGCCCAUAUACAGUAUAACACAUGCCGUUCGAAUCAUCGUACAAGCGCGAACCGAAACCACGCUCACCUGGGAGCAGCUCAGAUCACCCCAGGUGUCUCAGUUCCUGUUGAAGCCCAUGCAGAUCCAAAUACGAACGCAACACUUUUCGAGAGCAACGCUUUAUGCGCUGAUGGCCAACUGUCUCAACUUCCAAAAGGAGGCGGUGCUCUUUCCAGGCAAUGCCGGGGCAAACAAUACAAGGGCGAAGGUGUGCGAGCUGUUGGCCAUCAAGCUUCUGAAGGAGUACUCCACCCGCGAGCUGAUCGAUGCACUCUCAUACGACUUUUAUCCAUUGCAGGGUUUGCCCGGCAUGCAGACUCCGGCUGGGAAUCUGGGCAGGCCCAAGAUGGCUGCAGCCAGGACAUCGACCCUCGAGGUCGCGAUCCGGGCCUCGGCAAAACACUUUCUUGCCCAUCCACUUGUCGUGCAGCAGCUUGAAGCUAUCUGGAAUGGUGCAAUAGUGUUUUAUUCCGCCGCGGAUAGCCUCCAUCGAGCCAGUUUGUCACGGCAACGCAGCGAGGGCCGGCAGAGGGACCAGCCCGACAUUAGGACUCCUCUCCUGGACCCCCAACAACGUAGCAAAUGGAGCCAGCCCCAGUCUCCAACUCUAGAUGGGCUCAUUGGAGGCCACCGUACCGUGUCCUUGUACAACCCGAGGAAUGCGUCAUUGUUCAAGCUCUCUCGACUUCGUGUUCCGCGGUACAGACAUUUCUUGUCUACCCUUUCUCUGGCGGUGCUCAUCGGUCUCUUCCUGGCCGUCUUGAACCAGCGAGCGACUCGUAUCUCAAGCUUGGAGCUCAUAUUUUGGUUCUGGAGCGCAGGCUUUAUGCUUGAUGAGCUCGUAGGAUUCAACGAGCAGGGCUUUUCGCUCUACAUUAUGAGCUUUUGGAACAUAUUCGACCUUGGAAUCCUCCUCAUGCUCAUCUUGUACUAUGUUUUACGACUGUAUAGCGUUUUCUCCGUGGAUGCGACGAGACUAAACGACCUCGCAUACGAUGUCCUUGCCGCCAACGGGAUUUUGCUACUCCCUAGGAUCUUCAGUGUGCUGGAUCACUACCAGUACUUCUCGCAACUUUUGAUAGCCUUCCGACUCAUGGCAUUGGACUUGGCAGCAGUCUUGGUCCUCGUCCUGAUCUGUUGCAGUGGCUUUUUCGUCUUCUUCACCAUGUCUAAGAGCAAUGGGGACAAGGCCGAUAUCGCUUACAGGAUCUUUCAAAUCUUGAUGGGCUUUACGCCAGCUGCUUGGGAUGUUUGGCCGCACUAUGACAUGCUUGGAAAGAUGGUCAUAGGGCUCUUUUUGACCAUCUGUCACUUUGUAGUUGUAACAAUCUUGAUUACGGUCUUGACCAAUUCAUUCAUGACGAUCGCAUCCAAUGCCAGGGAAGAGCAUCAGUUCUUGUUUGCCAUUAAUACGAUAUCCAUGGUGAAGAACGAUGCGCUGUUCUCUUACAUCGCGCCCGGAAAUAUUCUUGCUUGGCUGCUCACGCCCCUGAGAUUCGUCUUGCCCCUUCGGCAGUUUGUUUACCUUAACCGAUUCGUCAUCAAGUUGACGCACUUUCCGCUGCUCUUUUGCAUAUACUUAUAUGAGCGUUUCUUCUUGGCUCCUUCCAUGUAUGCCCCAACAGAUCUGGUGGAAAAUCCAGGUCGGGGUCAGCAGCGGGCCAUGUCACUGGCAGAUCCCGCAGGGAGGGGCGCACUGUUCAGUCCCAACGUGCGAGUUCGCGAAGAGUCCGUCGUUGGAUACCAGAAGGAUCAUGCCUUGGAAGAGGUUUUCCGCAGAGCACCGGGUCUAACGACAUUGAGGUCACAAAGGAGAAACGAACGCAGAAAGACUCAAACCGCGAUCAGGCACUGGAUGGAUCAGAACGAGGGCUAUUCAGAGUCACCUCAGGUAGGGAAUCUUUCAACCAUGGGAAGCAAUUUCGGUGGCCCGGAGUGGCAACGAAGAAUCAGCCUCGGUAGAGAUCGGCCACGGAGGUUUCCGAACAUGCCAGACGUUCGGUCUGUUGCUAGCGAUCCAGCGGACCUUAUAUCCAAUGCUCCUUACCCUAGUUUCGCCAAUCCUCGAUACGAUAUCAGAUCUAGGUUCGCAAGAGCCGACGCCGAGAUCAAGGACAACACAGACGCUGAAGGUGAUGGCGAUGACGAGCUCGUCACCAACGAUGACGAAGACGAAGACGACAAGGCGACAAACACGGCCGAACCUGUGCGAGCAGCUUCAUCCGAAGUGUUUGACGAGGACUAUUUCACAACGCCGGUCACGGCACGUUUCGGAGUUCUGGCGGGAAGCUCUCCAGAAUCACACCGUGAACGUGGACCGACCUCUCCCAGGCCCCGUAAAGGUCUGCAUAACCGGACUCUCUCUACCAACACAAUUCUUUACAACCCACCAGUUCAAGCCUCGCCAGAAGCCGGUCCAUCUUCGUUGGGCUCUCAGGCUGCACGACCAAUAAAGUCUCGCCCCACAAGUAACCGACAAACCCCUGCAGUCACCCCCGGAGGUGCUUCAGAGCAUCGUUCACCCCGCCGUUCGAUCGUAUACCUUCCCUCCGCCCGCCCGCCUCGACCCAUCCCGCCGCCGAGAGACAUCCACACCGCACCGAAUCGUGCAGGCCUGGGUCCGCCCCUCGACACGCACGCCCGUAGAGCGCAGCGUCGACUGUCGUCGUACGACAUUGGCCUCGACGGAGAGUCGGAAAUGGCCUCCGCGUCAGCCAUACUCCCCAACGGCGGAGACGAUGCGCUGGUCGGGGCCAUGCCGAGUAGCUUUGUGACCCAGAUGGCCAUGGCGACGGGCAUGCGGGAGAGGCAGCAGGCGGCGGCCAGCCGCGACAGCAGCGAUCGCAUGAGUCGUCUGGUACUGGCACGCAUGAAGACGCUCGAGGAGGGCUUCGCCGAUGUGAUCCGCGAAGUCAAGGUCUUGCAGCAGAGAUCCAGCGGCAACCCCAGCAUACAAAACUCUGGAGAGGAAGAUUACUGGAGGGACAGCCCCAGGAGGACAGGAAGCGGAUCGGGCCUCAUCGAAGUCGCCGGUCGAAACCGGGUGACGAGAUACUACUCCCGUGGAAAUAGCGCUUCGGCGGCCCGCGCCAUCGCGGCGGCGCGCGAGCGUCCCGCCAGCCGCCUCAGCAUGAGAGAAGACAAGGUCGGGAUGCCGACCGACACAAAAGGAAAAGGCAAGGAGGUAAAAACACCGGCCGAGUACGACGACACAGACGAUGACGUGGGUUUCGACGACAGCUUUACGAAGAGGGGAAGCUCUCUAUGAACGAGGCAUUCCCUUCGGAAGUUUCGGAAAUUUUAAUACUGUAUAGGACUUAUUUUGGGAAGGGUUUCGUUUGGCAACGCUGCUUUCACAACUUGGCAUGCGUUUUUCACAUCAUAUGCAUAUCAUAUGGAGGCGUUGUGGCUUGAGUCGUUUUUUUAAGACCAGAUAUCAUGGAUUUUGCUGGGUUAUAAUUUCAAGAAAGCAUCUUGCUUUUGGCGCUUUGGAUGGGUCCUGUUUGGACAUUGGGUGGGCUCGCGGGUUGAGUUUUGAACCUGGACAACUACUUCAGUAAUUCUUGAAGAAUCUCGAAUCAUCAUUCUGGAC